AUGAGUGAUUUUCAACGUAAACUGUUUCAAAGAAAGCUCAAAGAUGCAGAGAAAGCUUUAGGAUUUGAUUUUAGUGAAGAAAGUGAAGAAUCUGGUGAGCAAGUCACUGUCUAUCCAAAAUGGUCUGAAUUCUAUGAUCUCAAUGAGGUUUAUACCGAUGAUAAAGGUAAUCAAUUCAACACAUAUUUCACACCACCAAAAAACGAUAAAUCUCCAGUCUUUAUAUUCCAUCAUGGUGCUGGAUCUUCAGGUUUAAGUUUCGCUCUACUAUCGCGUACUAUUAGAGAACAAAUGUCCAAAGAAAAUCGAUCAAAUGAUGAUCCAGUGGCUGGUGUUUUCUCAUUCGAUGCUAGAGGUCAUGGACAAACAGAAAUCGUUUCAAACCCAAAUGAUUUUUCUCUAAAAGCCUUCACAGAUGAUUUUAUAUGGGUUCUUAAGGAGCUCAUAAAACGUCACACUCUUAAAAACUCAAUUUUUGCUUUUGGUCAUAGUCUGGGUGGAUCUAUUGUAACGAAUGCUUUUGCACAACUUGAAGAUGCUGGUAUUAAAGGUGUUGGUAUGUUUGAUAUAGUUGAGGAUAUUGCUAUAUACGCGCUCGAUUCUAUGGGGACUUAUUUAAAAAACUUGCCAAAGACUUUCAAUACACUUGAAGAUGCGAUCAGCUGGCAUAUAAAACUUGGACAUGUAAAAAAUAGAGAAUCUGCGUUGAUAUCAAUACCCUCAUAUUUCAAAAAGAAUGUCAAAACUGGGAAAUUUGAAUGGAUAAUGGAUCUUCAUAAAACCGAAGAUUAUUGGCAUGAUUGGUUCACUGGAUUAUCAAAAAAGUUUGUUGAUUUAUCAACUUCAAAAUUGUUGAUUUUAGCAGGGACAGAUAAUUUAGAUAAAGAAUUAAUGAUUGGACAAAUGCAAGGUAAAUAUCAACUCGUGGUUUUCCAAGAUACUGGACAUUUCUUGCAAGAAGAUACGCCAUCCAAAACAGCCAUAACAAUUAUAGACUUUUGGAGAAGAAAUGAUAAUAGACAAGUGAUUAUAAAGAGUACAUGGGGUUCUAAAAAAUAA